UCCCCAAGCGUCAUCGUCAUCGUCGUCGUCGACAGUGUUGUUACCAGUGCGCCAAACUUUUGUGUCUCUGUGAAUCAUCGAUCGUUCUCCUUUCUUCACUAUCGAAUUAGGGUUUUCUGCGGAAUCCAAUGCUAACAUCGGUGGCUAACAGCACUCUCUGUUUUCCGAUUGCGUCGUUUCCAUCAUCCACGUUUCAUGCUCAUCGAUUCACGAAGAGAAUUUCAAGAAAGGGGACAUGGGUUUGUGAAAGGGGAAGACUUUAUGUGAAAUCAGAGGCGAAAACAGAUGAAGCAUCGACUACGAGCAGCAAGUCAUCGAGCUUCUUGUCUUUUUUAUGUCCAUUGCUUAAAGUUUUCUCUGGAGGUGAUCCUUCUCAACAGCGGAAUCAUGCUCUGGAGGUUGCAACUUCUUCAUUAGCAUCUGUUGCCAGACUUCCAUGGGGAUCUCGAGUAUCAUCUGGGGGCAUAAUAGAUAACCAAGAUGUUGUUUCUUCUAAUCCUCCUUUGCGUUUGCAGCUUUUUGAAUUUGAGGCAUGCCCCUUUUGUCGGAGGGUGCGGGAAGCCAUGACUGAGCUAGACCUCUCUGUAGAAGUAAGAACUAAAACCAAAGAUGGCUCAUUAAGCAAUAAACCAAAGUUUAUCCUGGUUAGAAGAUCUGGCGGAAAAGAAAUGUUUCCAUUCCUCGUCGACCCGAAUACUGAAACUUUAAUGUAUGAGAGUGGUGACAUCGUGAAGUACCUAUUUAAACAAUAUGGAAAUGGAAGAGACCCUUCCACAGGACUUCUGGAAAGCACCUUGUUCACUGGAUGGAUGCCAACACUUCUCCGAGCAGGUAGAGGCAUGUCAUUGUGGGACAAGGCUUCAACACAUGUGCCACCUAAAAUGCUCGAGCUCUUCUCUUACGAAAAUAACCCGUAUUCACGGUUGGUGCGUGAAGCACUGUGUGAGCUGGAGCUCCCCUAUGUAUUAAACAACAUUGGAGAAGGGUCCACACGGAUGAAAUCACUUCUAAAUGCUUCAGGAUCAAAUAAGGUUCCAUUCUUGGUUGAUCCAAACACUGGUGUCCAAUUAGGUGAUUACCAAAAGAUUCUGGCUUACCUCUUCAAGACUUAUUCUACAGCAGCAUCUGCAUAAGUGUUUAGUCUGACCUAUACACCAUUAUUCCCAAGGAUCAGGAUGCAUAGUUACAAAGAGGCCCUUUUCUUAUUUUAAGUAACUUAAAAACUUUUGAUGUAUAUAUUAUAGACUACACACCUGUAUUAUUGUCUUGUGUUUUGGCAUCCAAUUCUUGUUCUUCAAGCAUCAGUAUGAUAACAAAAGCCUCCCUCCCACUA